CGCUGUUGUGGGAGGGUGCUAGUUCAUAUGUCGACUGAACAGGCGGAGAGCCUGACGUCACGCGAGAAACAUGGCGGCCCGCACACGACUGCCCUUGCUGUUCUCCAAAAACCUGCCUCCGUUUAGAAACCAAAAGCUUGUCCACACCGAGGCUGCGGUCAGAGAGCCCGCGUAUCCCCCCAUCGUCCCCUCUCUGACGGCUAAAAGUAAAUCAGCUCGGCGGCGACAGAUCGAGGAACGUGUAAAAAAGAUAUGUGCCUCUCCUGUGGAGGAGAAGCUGUCCCUCAUCACUCGUAUCCAACGGAAGAAAUUUGUGGUUUACCCUCAGACUUUCGCACGGAACGCGGACAGAUGGUACCAGCACUUUACCAAGACCGCAUAUAUCCCGGGCCUGCCCGAGAAAUUCUCGCUGGCCCCAGAGGAGACCGCGGGAGAGAGCGCGUCUCCGGCUGCAGCUCAAACCACUUCACCAGGGAUUGACCAUGAUGUGUUCGCGGACAUCCGCUCCUUGGUCACUCGUGUACUCUUACAGGAGCACUGGCACAUGAAGAAACGCAAACCUUUCCUGUACAGAGAACAGGAGCAGAUGGUUGGACCUUUCCUGAGAAACCUGGCGACUGAACUCACCCACAAUCUGGCCAAAUACAACCCACUGCUCCUCCACUCCAGUCUAGAUUAUAACCCUCAGGUAAACUUUUAUUGGAGGAGAGGACAGAGGAUCAUCCCAAAGGGGCACCGGAGAGGCCGGCCAGAGCCAACCAGGUUCCAGAUUGAUGACCAACCAAACAGUCAGAUUAGGAUAACUCGACAACUGCCACAGUUUACUCCACUGGAGGCCUCCUAUGCAGCUGAAGUUCCAGAGAUCACAGUAGCUCCCGACAUGAUGCCUCUGUUCAGAAGACAGUAUGACAACAAUAUCUUUACAGGUGCCAAACUACCAGACCCAGCAUGUUAUGGUCACACCCAGUUCCAUCUGGUGCCUGAUCGAUACCACAGAGACCGCAUGGCUCGGCUGGGGCAGUCUGAUCAGGUGGAGGUCUUCCUCAGAGCCAAUGGACUCGCCAGCCUCUUCGCUUGGACAGGAGCUCAGGCUAUGUACCAGGGUUUCUGGAACCAUGAGGAUGUCGCCAGGCCUUUCGUGUCCCAGGCUGUGAUCACAGAUGGCCGGUUCUUCUCCUUCUUCUGCUACCAGCUGAACACAGUGGCCCUCUCUGUGGAGACGGAUGCCAACAACCCCAGGAAAAACCUUCUGUGGGGCACAGAGAGCCUGCAGCUGUACGACAGCGUUCAGGACGGAGAGGUGGUGGGUCUGAACAACGACGUCAUCAAGCUUCUGGUCCAGUUCCUCACGAACCAGCCGUAGAGUUCUUCAGGUUUCUGUUUGUCUCUAAGUAAAAUCUCUUAGCACAGAUUCCCUCAUGUCUUUGGUCUCCAAGAUUCAAGAAAUGAAGAGAUGGAGCUUUAAAGAGCCCAGCAAGGCAGACAUGAAGAUUCAACUUCAACACUUUAUUUGUUCCCAGGGGACAACUUCAAGAAUUGGAUGCUCGGUCAGACUGUAUAAAAUAUAAUUGUCAAAAAAGAGCAAAAAAUCUUUGUUAACCCAAGUUAAACUGUUGGCCCUUUUGUGUUGAGAAAAUACUGUAUGCACAUCAUUAUCGUGCUGACUGUAUUUAUGCAAAAAUAAAAUCAUGCAUUUCAAGUUGA